AGACAAAAUGAAAUUUUUCGCAACCAUUUCUUUCUUCAUCGCAAUUUCAAUGGCGUCUGCUGACGUCUUAAGUGACUGCAAAUGUGGGACAGGAUACAAACCGACUAAGACAAAUGAUGGAAAAGUUCAAUGUGAUGGGAUAAUGCUGUUGCACAGUAAACCAUGUAACAUUCCAGAAUACCCUCAUUGUGAUUGUAGUGGCACUGUUACUGGUAUACUGAGUGAUUAUACUGGGACAUGGUGCUCUGAGAACAAACUUGGUAAAGAACAAAGGAGAUGGCGCUGCGAGAAUACCCAGGAAUGGGACACUUUUUACAGAGAACAUCCAGAUCUUGUUCCAAAAACUACUACUGAAAACUGAUGUGAAUAAUUAUUUGGUUAUUAAAUAACCUAAAGCUGUGUAUUAUUUUUUGUAACAAUAUAAUAUUAGAUGAAACAAAUUAUGUGAUUAAAACCAUGAAUAAAAUCAAUGUAGAUUUUUUACACAAAUUGGAGUAGGAAAAUGUUGUUUUAAUUCUUAUUAUACCCUUCAUACAGUUUUAUGUAAAGAGUAUUAAAGGUUUACUUUAAAAAAAUAAAAAUUUUUAAUAUUUAAAAAAUUU